CGAAAACCAAUUUUCUCCUCACUAAUUUCCUCUCAAGCUCCUAACGGCAACCUCCCUCACUGUUGCUCCCCACCUUUCGCAGCUGGCUGCCUGGCUCUCCUUGCCGCCUUGACCAGCGACAGGAGGGACUCCAUUCUCCCGGCGGCGGAGUUUGUCUAGGGUAGCGGCGGAGGUUGUCUAGGGUAGCGACCCAUAUGAAGCGAGCGACGGGUGGAUUUGGAGGAGGAUUCGGGGGUCGACCUGGGGAGUUGAAAUUGGGGAGAAGGAGGAACAGGGGAAGGAAAGUGGAUCUGGGGCGUUGAUUUUGCUUCUGCAGCGUGGCGCUCGUAAUCAAAACCUGCAAAACAAUGAAGCUCCUCACCGCCGGGGCGCCGAUUCUGGAUCUGGUCGGCUCUCUCUCCCUCUCUUUAGAUCUCGGAAUUUCAAAAUCAAGCAAUAGCGGAACCACGUUCUUACCGCUCCGCCACUCGAGUUUCCUCUCUACAUUCCGAUCGAAGAAAUCAUCUCCAGCUUUUCAAUCACUUGAAAACAGUAACCCUAGAGAAUAUUUUGAGGUUUACCCAGAUUGAUUUGGCGGGAACAAUCAUUGUGCCUAUACCGCUCGACGAGCUCCUCCACCUCCCUCGCUGUACGCGGAACACCCAAGACCCGAUUCCUCUCUUCUAGGUACUGCUCCUGAUCCACAACAUUUGAUUCCGCCGGAACAACGGUGUCGGCCCAUUCCCUGUCGAGCCGACGUGGCCGGAACGGCGAGAAGGGAAAUUAGAAGUCCAGCAGUAGUAGUAGUAAUAUCCUCCAUCCAGUUUGAAGCUCUCCUCUUUCAAUCCCUCAAGAACAAGCUCCCUGCCUCAAGAACAAGAACGAAAAGAACUCUCUCUCUAACAGUACAACACCAAUGAAGAGAGAGAAAGGGAAAGUGAGAUUGGGAAGGGAAAAAUUAAUUAAUUAAUUUAAUUAUUUAUUUUUGUUAAUUAAUUUCUGACGUGUAAUUAUUAAAUUAUGAUGCGUCACUUUCUGCUUAUUUGGCGCUGAUGUGUGUGCUGAGUAGGAGCUUAGUCAGCAAACUGUCAAUGAACUUGACGGUGUUAAUAACACCGUUACAGUAUCUAACGAAAAUGGAUAGAUUUGUCAUACAACAACUAGAAAAAUCUGGCUAUAAGUGGUAUUUCUCCAAAUUUGGCUAUUAUUGGCAUAAACGCAAAAGUUUUGACUAUACAAGUGUAUUUUGCCUUUUAUCAACAACAAACAAAAAACUUUCUUUCCAUUCGCUAAAUCGGCAUGACAUGGGGCGUAGAAUCAAUUUCAUAAUCUAGAGUAUUGGUGUGGAUCAUCACAUCACUUCUACAAAUUUUAAGCGAGUUCAUAUGAUUAUUGAGAUUAUUAUUUUUUUUUCUAGAUAUUAUUUAUCAGCUUGUAUCUCGUUCGUUUUACUUUAGAUAUUGAAUUGUCUUCGUAAUUUAGAUAUUGAGUUAUUUUUAUAGAAGGAAUGUGUUGUUUGUGAUCUAUAAAAUUAUAUUCAUAAUUUAGGGUAAUUAAAUUGCAAGUUUGGUCAUUAGAAUUACUAUAAAAAUCAUGUUUGUCACUAAGAUUAAAUUUCAUCCGUAGUCAAUUAAAUUAGUUAUACGCUCCAAGUUUUGUCACUCUUCGUUAGUCUACGUUAACUUUAUCUGAUGUGACAGUCAACUAUGAGAAUUGACCGUUAAAUAAAUGACAUGGCAAUUAAAAAUAAUAAAAAAUAAAAUCUAAUCUAUUACAAUUUCCACCUCAUUAUCAUAACAAAAAAAAAUUAUAAUCAACCCAAACAACAGCUAACAAACAAACAAACUGCUCUCUUUUGAUGCUCCCUUCCGAUUGGCAACGAAAGCUUCAGGCGAACAACUAAGAGCUCGCUCUCUCUGAUCUAAUCUAUCUUAUCUCUUCCUCGAGAUCCCUGCGCCACUCAAUCUUCCUACAGAUUCAUCCCGUCGAGUAUCAGCCGCGUGUUUCUUUUAUGGUGUUCCCUCUCCUCCCUCGGGUCCACUUUUUGAUGUCGCCGCGAAAGCGCACUCCACAGCAGCACCCACACGCAACUCCCGUUCAGAAUCGACGAAGAUGAUGAUUUCGUUCUCAUCUAAGGCUGAAGCAGCAGGUAGUGCCGGUGUUGUAGCUAUACAAGCUCGAUGGCGAGAGCUUCAGGGAUGACGAAGAGGAUUUCGGGCCGGGAUUGAACAAUCUUGUGCGAUUUCCUAGAUGUCGGUGUCACUUUUUAACCCAUUUGCAUACAUUUGCCUCCGUUGCUGUAUCACCUUGGCAGUUUCCUCGCAGUACCGAGACCCUGGAAGGAAGGAAGAGACCUCUCCGCCUACCCUGCUUCCGACGACAAGAACUCCCUCAGCCUCUCAAAAUUCUGUGACGGAUCUGACCUGGAAACUCUCAUCAUGAGUUCGGUGGGACACCACCGUCAUCGAGCAUAACCUCGUUGUCUCGAAAGCCCUUGACCGAUUCCUCUCAUGCAGCGGGGGGAAGGAGGAAGCGAUUUCCCCAAUUGAUAUGCGAGGCUCCGAGAUCCCUUCAAUUGCAGAAGAACGAUUUGGUUUACGAAGUGGUGAAAUCAGUCGGGGAGGACUACAGAUUGUUCCAACAGGAGAUUUUGAUUCGAGUCAGGUGGUUCCGAAACAGAAUGCAAGCUUGAGUUUCGGCGAGCUGGCUUGGCUGAUGGCUGGGUUGAGGAGAUUGCAGGGUUGUCGAGUAGGGAUGGGCAUCGGGAUCAGAUCAGGUCAGUAUUCUUGCUAUCAGUAACUGUCAGUAAUCCAAUCAUCUGUCCUCACGUGUCAGCUUUUUCUUUUUAUUUAAAUUAAACACGGAGGGGCACUAAGGUAAAAUUGCACCCUCUAUUUAAUGAUGACGCUGACGCGCUGACGCUGACGCGACGCGGAUCCCACUCCCCCACCCUACACUGGUUGUCUGGUUCCCCCUUUCUCUCACUCUUUGUUUUAUUUUAUUAUUAAAAGAAAAAAUAUAUUAUUUCUUCUCUCUCCCAUCUACAACAAAAAUGAAUCUAACCAUCCUAACUAUCUCUAAACUAAAACCAGCUCAAAUUGAAUGAUGAUUUUUUCGUUAAAUAAUACAUUGUUAAAGACACUAAUUACAAGUAUAAAUAUGAUUAUCACUUUCUACUAUCAUGGUAAAACAUGGUAAAAUAUGUUGAAGAAAAUUAUAAUUCUAACUACCAUACAAUACCACAUGGUAAAACAUGGUAAAAUAUGUUGAAGAAAAAUAAAAAUCUAACUACCAUACAAUACCACAUGGUAUAACGCGGUAAAACAUGCUACAAAGAUUUACAAAUCUAAUUACCAUACCAUACCAUAUGAUAUAACAUGCUAAAAUAAAAUUACAAAUCAAACUACCACCACAUGGUAUAACUUGGUAAACCACGCUAUAGAAAAUUAUAAAUCUAACUAGCAAUACAAUACCACCAUAGUAGAACAUGGUAAAUCAAAGGACCACAAAUUGAUUAUAAUUACCAUAUAAUACCACAUGGUAUGAGAAGGUAAAACCAUGUAAAUCUAAUUACAACCCUCUACGACCAUAGUAAAAACAUGAUAUUCAUAAAAAUACAUUUCGUUACCAUACAUUACCAUAUGGUAUGGACACAUUACCAUAUGGUAUAGUGUGGUAAUCUCAAUAUAUAUAUACAAUUACGACUUUCUUCACUUUCUUCAUUGUCUUCUAACUCUGCUUUCUCGGAACUGGUGUCGAUUACCACCCACUACCACCAUGAUAAAACUCGUGACUAUAAAAAUACAUUUAGUUAGCACACAUUACCAUAUGGUAUAGUGUGGUAAUAUCAAUAUAUAUAUUCUCAAAGAAUGGGAAACAGAAGGAGGAAGAGAAGAAAAAAAAUCGUCUUCUGUCUCCUCUCAUUUACUCCUCCGCAAUCAAGAACACCAAAUGCAAAAAGAAAGAAAAAGAGGAAGAAGAUCGGAAUUAAUUCACAAACAAAUACUAAAACACAAAAGAUGCAAACUCAACUCACCUAGAUCUGUCCCCUCUUUGACAAUAUGGAGCAUCAUCGAUUUUGAGGCCGAGAAAAGGAAAAAAACACAAGGAAGGAGCAUCUUGAGAGAAGAAGGAUUUGGAGCGUCACCGAAUUUGAGGUGGGAGGCUGCAAUUUCUUCAUCGAUUGUUGGAGAAAAAAUGAAGAACAAGAGAAGAAAAGAGAUUUAGAUAUGGAAAAAGGAGUUUGGAAGAGAGAAAGGAAGAGAGAAAGAGGAAGAGAGAAGUCUGCUUUUCUCUUUCCUCCAUUAAAAGACAAACAUAUAAAUGUUGGAAAAAAAUAAAAAAGGGAAAGAAAUCAAAUUUCAAAAAUCGGACAAAAAUGCCCCUCCUCACUCCGCGUGCAGCCGAGCAAUAUAAUAAUGCCAUCCCUAGAUCUACGGUCCGGAUUUAAUACUGACAGGUCAGUAACCAUUGGUUACUGACUCUAUCCUCUGCCAUGGGCAUCCGGUUUGGUUUUAACUUUCCAAACAUAUUAAAACCAAAAUUGCCACUAUUCGGAUCGGAAUUCAGAUGAAAAAGCCUCUUAAUUCGGAAUACAGAGUAUGUCAACCGAACUCGAAUUCAGAGUUACAAACCGAAAAACCUAAAAUUGAAACAUAGCCUAAUUAAUCCCACCCGUUACCUUGACCCAACAAAAUAAUAAAGCUGUUGGUUGGGCCAUGGGGCUAAGAUCAGGUGACUAAGGGGGGUGGGUGAAGGACAAUAUAGUAAUUACACAGAUUAUUUAUUUAACCAUUAAAAUAAAAGAGAGGGGGGGUGGGUGAACUAUCUCUCACGCUCCCACUGGCUGCCUGUUGCCCGGGACCUGCCGCCGAGCGGCUGCGAAGUUUUCCUGUGUGUGGGAUUUUCUCCCUCCCCAGCGGUGAGAGAAUUUUCGUCGGCAACAGAUAUGAUUUCCUUGCGUUGGGAGAUGUUUAGGGGACGGCAAAUCUUUGUCUCCCGUCUCUUCCGCCAGCGAGGGUUCAAGCUGGAUAAUUUUGCCGGUGUUCCAUUCUCCAUUUGCCAUUUCCCCCAGAGUGUGGCGGCGUGGGAAUAUAUUCUACGGUCCAUUUGCCAUUUUUCAGAGAGAGAGAGGAUGUUCUGCUGAUCGGGGAUUUUUCCGGCGACAAUGGUUGUUUAUUAUGUUUGUCAGACUAUUUAGUAAUUUUUAUUAAUUCAGUUUGUAUUGUUUAUUAUUCUAAUUUGUCAUUUUUAUCUAUUCCGUUUGUAAUGUUUAUAAGACUAAUUUGUAUAUAUUGUAAUAUGCAACGUUUGUUUGUCUAUUUUAUAUACUUUGUAUUUAUUGGUUUGUAAUACCAGUUUAUCAGUUUGUAUUAUAAGUAGUGGUAUUUGUAUGAUUUGUACUGUUUGUCGGUUUCUUUUGUAAUUUUUGUAAGCUUUUUGUAAUGUUUGUUGGCUUAAUUUGUAAUGUUUGUAAGCUUUGUUAUUUUUGUCAACCAUGUUUGUCAUUUUUUGUCAACCAUGUUGGUAAUAUUUGUAUACUCCUAAUUUGUAUGCUUUGUAUUAUUGAUUUGUAUUGUAAAUAGUUGUAAUUUGUAUAGUUAGUAUGCUGGGUAUACAAUGCUAGUAUUAUUGGUAUACUUUUAUUAUGAGAUCUGUAUACUUUGUAAUAUUAAUUUGUAUACUUUUAUAACGUGGUCUAUAUACUUUGUAAUAUUUAAUAGUGAUAUAUUAUGUUCUUAGUAAUCCUUUUAUAUAAUCUUAACUUGAGUUCUAUACUUAUAUAAUGUGGUUCUAAUACUUUUUAAUAUUGCUUUGUAUACUUUAUCAUAUAGUUUGUAUACUUUAUAUUAUUGAUUUGUAAAAGAAUUCACAUCAAUUUGUAUUGUAUGUACAUAUUCAUGAUAUGAUUUGUACACUUUUAGAUUCUGAUUUGUAAAUCACAUAUUAUUGAUUUUUUCAUUUUCAUUAUAAUGUUUGUAUAUGAUGUAUUUUUAUUUUGUAUAUUUUUCUGAUAUGGAUUGUAUAUUUUUUGUUUAUGUUACUUCGUGUUUUUUAUUUUUAAAAUAGAAAAGGUUGAUAGAAAAAAAAGACAAAAAGAAAACACACGUGAGUGAGUGGGAGGUUUAAAAAUCACUUUAUUAGUGAUUAAUAAAGAAAUAGCCAGCAUAUAUAUAUAUUGAAAGAAAGAAACCCACCGCAGCCGCUGGUAUUGUACACACAGACACCUUUUACUGUCCAUUGUGACUGAGAUUUACUGUUUCAAACUGGUGGUUAGCUUCUGGUUGGCCUUCGUUGGGGUCGUUUGGUGGCUCUGACCCGCGUUGGUCAUUAGAGAUCAAUAGGAGGCUUUGGCCCAACCGAGUCCGUAGAUCGAGGCUUAUUGGGUUGCUUAUCGUGUUAUGUUGGGGAGAGAUAGUUGAGUAGUGGGAGAUCUAGCGGUUUCGGGGAUGUGUGGGUGAGGUGACAUGUCUGAACAGUUGAGAGUGGGUCGUUCGAGAGACGGAAAAGGGUUCUUCAGAUACAAAGUGAAACCUUGACAGGACUGGGCUUUUUCUCUGGUGCAUGAAAAGACUGCAUUUUGGUGUCUCAGGGAGAAGCUGGGAAGUCUUCGCGUUGUUCGACGCUGAGAGAGGCUGGAGAAAUAGAUAGAUGGGUUGAUAGUUGAGUCUGGGUUUUGGGAAAAGUAUUGAAGUGACCGAACUCUGCAGGAACAAAUAUCGAUUUAUUUGUGUCCACGGAUCGCCGGAUUUCCUCUCUCUGAUUGAUGAGAUUCGACGGAGGUCUUGCGGUCGCGACCAGGCGAUCCAUGCCAAGUAUUCUCCUGGAGGAACGCUAAUAUCUCUCUGUGGGUGAAAGCUUGAUGAUCGUGGAUGAAGAAGAUGGAAAGAAGGGUUGCAAUAUUUUGUUUUUAAUUUUCUUUCUGGCCUUUUCGGGUUUAUGAAGGUGAGGGGGUAGUGUGUGCAUCCUCAGAGAGAUGAAGAAAGGGAAGAGAUUUUCCUUUGGGGGGUUUGUUUGUAGAUUUAAGAGCCCAUCUACUUUCUGUCUUUCUCUGAUUUUAUUUUUGGAGGAUCAAAGAGAUCUUCCUCUCUCCACUCUUCUUCUCACACUUAUCUCUGCUUCGUUUCUCACAUCUCCUCUCCGGAAAUUACUAACUUGGAGCGAUCAACGGGAGAAGGAGGCCGACAGAGGACCCGGGGGAGAACCAGAUCCGCAAGGUAUGUUUUCUCUGUUUAGAUGAAUUUUUUCUCUCUUUACUUGGAUGAGUUCGAUCUCUCUUUCUCAACAUGUGAUUUUUUAAUCUCUCUCAGAGGAGUUGAUUUGCACCGAGUUCACAGCCAGGGAGGCCAUCGAAUUCCAGCAUGAAACCAGCAAUCUAAAGAGAUAUGGUUUGGAUUGUAGAUCACCGUUAGAGAGGACGCACGGGGGGCGAAGAGAUCGAUCGACUGGAACCAGUUUGUCAACCCUGAUAGUUUAAGGUGAGAAUUUGAUUUUCGUCUCUCUCAUCCGCGAUCUUUAGUUGCAUAUAAUCUUUUAACGCUGGUCUCCGAUUUUUCUUCUCCUGUUCAUCAACAGUUUCUCCCCUAUGAAGGCUCUUGGCAGUUUGUAUGCUCAGACAAUUAAUUUUUCAGUGGAGAUUCAUGAGAGAUCGAUCACCUUCCCAACUCAGAUGUGCUCUGAUUCUCGGUUUCCUCUCGUAUCAUGAUUCUGUUCUUGAAGGUUUGUUUUUAUAUAUAUAUUCUCAAUUCUCGGAUACACAAAUCUUUGGGUUUUAACUUUUAACGCAUUUCCCUCAUCUCUUUUGCAGAAACCAGCGUAGCUUUGUGUAACCAGUUGCCAGUUUUGUGCGGUCCUGAAAGGAAUAUGAUACCCAGGUUUGAUGGUUUUUGUUGUCAAGAUGAUUCAUCCUCCCUAUCUCCCAUUGAUUUGUUCUCUCCAUCUCUUUCUCUGUUAAGCAUUUGUUUUGUCGCUUUUGAAUAAAAUGGCAUCAACGAGUUUACAAGAGAAAGACAACUGUAGUUUCUAUCAAAAUCCACCUAGACCACUGGUUACCUGGAUGGUGAUCCUUGAUUCGCUGAUGGGCUUUCUCGCAGUGCUGAAUGCAGCUUCGGCGUUUCAAAAUACCAAUGAUCAUUUAUGUGUUUCUGCUCUUUUGUUUUUCUGAUUUUGCUCUUGAUUGUUCCUAUACUUCUAUGCUAGAAAAUGGUGUUGAAAAUUGAUAUCCACGAUUACGUGGAGUAGAAACAUUGAAGCCUUUUCCCUAAGUAAGUUUCAGGUUCUGCCUAUGUUGUGUUUCCGAAUCCUAUUAAUUUUAUUGACGUGCACUUUGAUUGUAUUCUAUACCCAGAUCUUCCAGUAUUGUAGUGAUUGAUUGGGCCACGGUGUAUAUGAUAGUGGGGAAUCUUACCAAGACCAUAGGUUUUAAUACAGUUAAGUGGUUACCUAAUGUUAUUUAUCAUUUCUUAAGCUUUAGUGUUGUUGGUCGUUAUUUUAUCUUUUAAUUUGCGCUUUGCUAUGCUAAAUAGUAGAAGUUAAUGUAAAUAUUUGUUGAACUGCAAUCAAACUUAUGAGUCUUGGAAGUCCAGUGCUUUGGUUGUUGUUUAUUGUCCUUAUGAAUAGAUCCAUCUCUUUUGCUUUUCGCUUAGGUCUUUGUUAAUAGACAUUCAAUAUUUACGAGUGGUCAACUAAAUAACAGCUGAAUUUCUUCUCCUCUGUUGUUCGUGGACUGAUAUAUCAUGUGGUGCCUCCAAAUGGAGACAUUACAAGAGGACUCAGGUUAGGUAUGAGUGCCCCAAAUGUUUGAAUUUGAUUCUAUGCCUAAUUAUGUUUCUUACUACAUUUCAUUCUCUUGCCUUAUAUGCAGCAGCUUAUGUUGGAAGAUGGAUUGUGCCUCUGAGUGAACAUUUUGCUGUAGUUUGGAGAGCUUUGAGUUUUUUCAUUUUCAACAAUUUUGCAUUUGGUGAACUGAUCCUCUCUAUAGAUAUACAUUAUCUUUGAGGUGAAUGUUAGGUGUUCCCCACUGCUACCACUGCUAAAGAAUCCAUAUGAUAGCUGUAAUAUGAUACAUGCCCUAAUGAUGUAUUCAUUCAAGUUUAAAUAGCAGUAUGAAUCUGUUGUAUAAAUUUGAUUUUGUGUU